AUGCCAAUAUUACCAAAACUGUCGGAUGAGUAUCUCAUGUUAGUGAUGUCACUGAUUACAGCGCCGUUGUUUUCCAGCAGACUGUUCGAGUACGGGACGGAUGCUGGCGAUGAGGAGCUGCCUCCAAGCCUCGAUGCCGCCAAAAAGAUCACCAUCGCUUAUCCGCUGCGAUUUUACGGAAUGGACUCAUCAACUGUUUAUGUAAGCCCACCGCACGUUUUUGUUUAA